AUGGCUACAUAUCCGCGUACCUAUCGAAUUCAUCACAAAUUUCUAUCGUCUAAUCAUAAAUUUGAAAUUGAUAAUGGUACCGAUGAAAUACUAUAUACUGUUCGUGCAACUCUAUUUCCAACAUUCGAUAAAUUUUCUAUUUGUGAAACAUCAGGUGGCAAAGAAUUAAUCAAAAUUCAAAGAGAAGAUCAGCAUCUUCAUUUAACAUAUAAUAUUUCAGCAGUCAUGGAAAACGACAGUGCUACUCAACAUUUAGCAACAGUCAGACGAAUUCAUGGUCGACAUGAACAUCAUUUGCAUGGUAAAUUUGAAAUAGAUUCAAUUUAUGGAGUAUAUAAAUUAGAACGUAAUGCAAAUCGAUCUGAACAUGAAUUUAAAAUAAUAACUGGCGAGAAGACUGUGGUUGAUGUAACUCAUUUUACGAAAUUAGAAAAUAUAUAUAAUGUCGAAAUAAAUAGUGAUGAAGGAGCUGUUGAGGGCUCAUGCAGCGCUUGGUCACCAGAAUUCAAGCGUACCGUAAAUGGUUCAUGUCGUACAAUGUGUGUAGGUUCUGAGCGAAACGCUGGCCAACAAUCAUAAUGGUCGGAAAGUAAUGAUAUGAAUCAUGCACGCCGAUCCCAUACAGCAUCCAUAUUAAAUAAUGGAAAAGUUUUAGUUACUGGAGGAUUUAAUAGAGGUGUUAUGAAUUUUGCAGAAUUGUAUGAUGUAGAAUCACAAAAUUGGACAACUAUUAAUAGCAUGAAUCAAUCACGAGGUGAGCAAACUGCAUCCUUGUUGAACAAUGGAAAGAUUUUAAUUGCUGGUGGACUUUCCAAUGAUUUUUUAAGUAGUGCAGAGUUAUAUGAUCCAGAAACAGAAACAUGGACAAUUACGGAUAGUAUGAAUAGUAGACGAGCUGAACAUGCAGCAACUACAUUAGCAAAUGAAAAAGUAUUAAUUACUGGCGGAUUUGGAGAUGGAAAUACGCUCAAUACUUCUGAGUUGUAUGAUUCAUUAACAGAGACCUGGACAAUUACAGGAAGUAUGAAUUACGAACGAAGCAAACAUACAUCAUCUCUGUUAAUCGAUGGAAAAGUAUUAGUUACUGGUGGACAUGUUAGAGGUACGUAUUUAGAUAGUGUUGAAUUGUAUGAUCCAGAAACAGAAACUUGGACAAUUCUUGAUAAGAUGACUAUUGCACGAAGUCAACACACAGCAUCUGUUUUACCCAAUGGGAAAGUAUUGAUUGCGGGAGGAUUUGAUACACAAAGCAUUAAUAUUACUGAAUUGUAUGAUCCGUCAACUAAAACGUGGAAAAUUAUUAACAGUAUGAAUCAUGGUCGAUGGGAACACACAGCAUCCGUCUUACCGAAUGGAAAAGUAUUAGUUGUUGGUGGAUAUGAUCAUAAUGCUGUAAAUACUGCAGAAUUAUAUGAUCCAUUAACAGAAAUUUGGACAAAUGUUGGUAACAUGACUCAUGCACGAGGUGAACAUACAGCAACUUUAUUGAACAAUGGAACAGUUUUAGUUACUGGAGGAACCCUUGGUGGUUCGGCAGUGACUAAUACUACAGAACUAUAUCAAUCGUUUGAAAUAAACUAA